UUAUAAAUUCUAUAUGACAGAACAAUCUGUAUCAAAGCAAAAGCCCUUGUCUAGUUUCUUGAGAAAGUUAUGGGCUAUUAUAUCCGAUCCAGUGCAUGAAGAUGAUAUGCAUUGGGUUCAUUCAGGUCAAGUCAUGUGUAUACCCAAUGCGUCUUUAUUCACACAGAAAAUGUUACCAGCACUGUUUAAUCACAACAACUUUCAAAGUUUUGUUCGUCAGUUGAAUUUAUAUGGAUUCAGAAAAGUGUUGACGGAAGAGACAAGAACAAAUAAGACAGCAUGGCAUUUUAAACACCCAAAUUUCCAAAGAGAUUAUCCUCAUAAGUUACAUGAUAUCAAGAGGCGGUCAAAGCAUCGUCUUCUACCUCCUUUACCACCAUCCCUACCCCUAAGGACGACACCAAGGCAAUUAUUACCCAAACAAACAAAAGACGAAAAAGCAAUGGCAGAAGAAAUACAACAAUUAAGAUUGAAAUUAGAAGACAUUGAACAAAAGCGACACGUAUUAUGGGAACAAACAGUCGCAUUGAAUACAAUACAGUUGGAACAGCAAAAAGUAAGAAUAAGACUUAUGUUGAUAACAUACUUAGGUUGUGUAGAGUAUAGAGACAUUCUUGGAUUUCAUACAUCAAUUAGUAGAGAAAAGUAAGUUGUGUGUUCUGAUUGUUAUUCAUCAUUUCUUUAUGCAGAUCCUCGCUUAUUAAAUCAUGGUAAGUAUUGAUUGUCUACACAUAAUUUAACCCUAUAGGCAUCAAACUACCUCAAGAAUUACCCUCCAUUUCUCAUCUCAUUUAUCCUCCUUAAUAGAACUUAUUUGUUGUCAUUAU